AUGUACAAACUGAGUAACUUGUUCCGUGAUACCGAGAUGGCAAUCAAAAAAAAUCUAAUUAAGUUUGACCGAUUCAAUCAACUUAUUGAGGACAUUUUAGUUGAGGAUGACUUUUGUCAUAUACUAGAAAGUACCAUUCGCUUUUCUGAGUCCGCAUGUCACGAUGUGAGUCUACUUCAAAGCGGUGAACAAACUCCAGCGGUAUCGAACACCUACACCAAUAACUUUCAGCGAAAUACAUCAGAAGUAUCGGACUUUAACGAGACUGCAGACACCCUCGCCGAAGCCAUGCAAUCUGAACUUCAAGAAAAUGUUUUCUCUGGUAUCUCAAACUUCUGGAGUGUAUUUUUCGAAGAGCUUAUGAAAAAUACGAUCAGUACGACACCCAACGCUCAAGUUGACUUCCUUAUUCAGAGUAUGGAACUAUCUGAUGAUGAGCCUCAAUGGAAAGACGUGAAAGUGGUCGCCGAGUUCUCGAAAAAGACCCAUAAAAAUGCAAGGAAAGCAAAAUUCCUCAAACUAUCUGGAUACGUACGAGAAGUGUUUUGUGCGCAGCCCUUGCGGCGAUUUGUACAUUGCUUUUUCUUCUUGAAAACAAAAUUUGAGCUCUGGGUAUUUGAUCGUACUGGGGCCUACAGCUCGGGCUUAAAAAGCAUUGUCAGCGAAAAGGAGAUGUUCGUACGAGCAAUAAGCUCGUAUUUGCUAAUGAGCGAUGAAGAACUUGGCCUCGACUUGUCUACCAGCAAGGUCGGCGAAAAUUUAUUUGUCACAAUAAAUGGAAUUAAUGAUGAUCCCACCAUGCAAUUUAAGAUCGACCCUGAGCCGAUUGUCCGAUCACAGAGACUGAUUACUCGAGUCGACUUUCUUAAAGUCGCACUUCCAGUACGCGGCGUUGUGAACUAUAUAACGUCGGAUGAAGUCUAUCGGACCAGCGAACACUUGGGAAAUCUAGAUUUUACCGAUGCUGACGCUUGGGACUUGAAGACAGAGACGCUGAUCAUAUCAAGGGGUACGCACCUGAUGCAACCGACAGUCAGCCCAUGGGACAGAGAUCGCAAACUCAUCAGGAUUGCUAUCACACCUCGUGGUCAACCCCUGAAUACCAGCAAGACGACCCUUGAAUUUAUUGUUGGAAUUCGGGAUGCAAUCUUGGGCCACCGACGCCUAUAUGAUCGGGGAAUUCUACACGGCGAUAUCUCGGAAGGCAACAUUGUCUUGACAUCACCAAAUGCAGGUGAUGAAUCAAAGGGGAUGUUGAUUGAUCUGGACCACUCCGUCGGGCUGAUCGAAAGUUUGAAAACGGACGAUGAACUGUCUCUAACAGGCACCAUGAAAUUCAUGGCAAUCGAGAGAUUACAAGUUGCGGUAGACAAUGAGCCUACAAUCCAGCGUACUAUUCGGCACGACUUGGAAUCCUUCUUCUAUGUAUUCCUUGUAGGAUGCAUAGAAUAUGAAGUUGUCCCAGAGUCCAAAUCACGUAACCUUGACAGCUGGUGCACAAGAGAUGUAGCGAGUAACUAUACAUCGAAGGUAGGUUAUAUCGCUGCUUUCGAAGUUUUGGUUUUGAGGAAUUUCACACCCAGCUUUUUGGGCCUGAAGGACCUAGCAAGCAGCCUAAAAACGAUUUUAUUUGGUGAGAUAGGCCAGAAUUAUACGACACCUUAUGACUGUAGCUCUAUGUAUGAAGAAAUAAUUGGGGCGUUCAAUAAAACUAUCCAGCAGAUUACAGGUAAGAUAAAUUUGCGAUUAAGCAAGAUUGUAAUACCCAUUGACACAAGCCUCACUGACAAAUCUUCAAUUACUCAGAUUGAUCAAUCUUAA